AUGACAUCUCCUCUCGAUGUCUGUGAUGAGCUUUCUAUGAGCUCAUCUGACGAUUCGGAAAGUGAGGCUGAGGAUCAGCUCCAUGAAAGUUCGACACCCCACCAUCAGAAGCUUCAUGAUGCUUAUUUUCAAUCUUUACUCAAGAAACAUGCAGAACAAGCGCCAGAUACAGGCACAAGGCUCGGAGACUAUGAUGAAAAAAUUGAAAAUAAUGCCGACUACUCGCAUAACACUCCAAGUAUCACCCAGUUACUGAAGAGACAGGAGGUUGGCCGCGGUGACUUAUGUCCACGGGCAUACCAGCUGGAGCUUUUUGAGCGAGCGAAGGCAGAGAACACGAUUGCCGUUCUCGACACUGGGUCUGGCAAAACUUUGAUUGCCGUCCUGCUCCUGAAGCAUAUUCUCCAACAAGAGCUCAUAUAUCGUGGGAAGGGUAGACCUCCCCGAGUUGCAUUCUUCUUGGCGCACAGUGUCACUCUCGUCUAUCAACAGGCAGCAGUCUUGCGGCACAAUCUCGAUCAAAACGUGACCUUCAUCUACGGCGCCAUGGGUCCCGAUCUCUGGGAACAAAGCACAUGGGAAGAAUGGUUCAACCAAAACAUGGUCAUUGUUUGCACGGCAGAAAUUCUCAAUCAUUGUCUGCUGAAUGGUUUCAUCAAAAUGAACCAGAUCAACAUCCUUAUCUUCGACGAAGCCCAUCACGCGAAGAAAUCCCAUCCUUACGCACGAAUCAUUCGAGAAUUUUACCUCAAAGCUCAAUCUUCUGACCGACCACGGAUUUUUGGCAUGACGGCGUCUCCAGUCGAUGGAAAGACUAAGAUGACAGAAGCUGCAGCGCGACUUGAGAUGCUUCUCAAUAGCAAGAUAGCGACCACGGCGGACUUGACGGGGCUUCGACAGGUUGUGAGUAAGCCAAUCGAAGAAACUUGGACCUACUCUAAGCUAGAGCCUCCAUUCGCAACCAAGCUGUACACCCAACUCGAGCAAAGCUUCGGAAAAGUGAAGUCUCUGGAGGCAGCUUUCAGGUUCGCUUGGACAGCUAGUUCGGAGCUGGGCGAGUGGUGUGCUGAUCAAAUUUGGAGCCAAGCUUUGAGAGAAGACGUGAUACCUUAUCUUCAAAGCAACACUGGAGCCCACUCUGCACAAGUCUCCUGUGAUCAAACACAAACACAAACAGAGGAAGAGCUUCUCAAUGCAAAGAAAGCAUAUGAAAUGGUCCAAAAUUACGCAUUACACCACCCUUUGGCUCCCGGUCAACUCAGUUCCAAGGUCCAGCUGCUGGUUGACAGGCUGGCCCUCUAUUUCAGCGAAUCAAGUGAAAGAAAGUGCAUUGUCUUCACGGACAGACGUAACACCGCGAAGGCAUUAAUGCAUCUCUGCGAGCGCCUAGCAAUCAAGAAUCUUCGUCCCGGAAUCCUCAUCGGCAGUCGAAAGUCAGAUAUCACGGGAAAUGUGACCUUUCGUUAUCAAUUUGAAGUCAGAGGGCAAUUUCAAGACGGGACUGUCAAUUGUCUCUUUGCGACUGCAGUGGCAGAAGAAGGACUGGAUAUCCCAGACUGCAACUUUGUUGUGAGAUUUGAUCUCUACGGCACACUCAUUCAGUACAUUCAAAGUCGAGGACGUGCCCGCCACAUGAAAUCGACGUACGCAACUAUGGUCGAAGCGCAUAACGAGAGACACAAACGGAGGAUUCAAGAAGUGCGAGACGCGGAGGUCUUAAUGAGAUCAUUUUGCGAGACGCUGCCAAAAGAUCGGUUGUUGCGAGGCUAUGAGCAUGAGCCCGAUCUGAAAACAAUACUCGGGAAGGAAAAGGGGAAGCGAACAUAUACCAUCGCUUUGACGGGGGCCAAGUUGACCUACGAGCAUUCCAUGGAUAUUCUCAGUCGAUAUGCCGCUUCGCUGCAGUACCGUGAAGACGACGCCGAUCAGGGUCCUGACGUCGGCCAGAGAGGUGCAGACGGACCCGUUACCUACAUCAUACUCCCCAUGGGAGACAAAUUUAGCUGUGAGGUCAUGCUUCCAGACAACUCUCCUAUCCGAGGCGUGCUUGGCACAAUUGAGUCCAGCAAGGCCAUGGCCAAAGGCUCAGCAGCUUUCGAUACGUGCCUCUUGCUUCGAAAAAGGAACUUGCUCGAUAGUCACUUCCGGCCAACAUUCCGACGAUGCUUACCUGCCAUGCGUAAUGCCCACUUGGCAAUCGCAUCGAAGAAGCAAGAAAAGUAUGAUCGACGUUGCAAACCUUCUGUGUGGUUGCAUGAGAUUGGGAAAAUCCCAGGUUUGCUUUACGUGGUGGUAAUUAGGCUACGUCCAGUGAAACCAUUGACCCGUCAUCAUGCUCCGAUGUUAUUGCUCACACGGACGAAGCUUCCGGGUUUUCCUCAGUUUCCCAUUUACCUAGAAGAGGACUUGGAGACAACUGUUGAAACGACCUGUGUCGAGGAUCCAAUCACUGUCUCAACAGAGGAUUUGGACCGCUUGACAGCUUUUACACUAUCGGUUUUCCGUGAUGUAUUCCACAAGACAUUCAAGCUUCUACCAGAAACUUUCCCGUAUUGGCUCGCGCCCGCAAAAGAUGGCCUGGCUUGUGAGAAUCCUGGGGGAUCACCACUUGAGUUGAUUGACUGGAAAGUCCUUGAUUUUGUGCAAAAACACAACGAAUGGAAAUGGUCACCGGAGAUGGAUCCAAAAAUGCUUCUGGACAGAUUCAUGUAUGACGCAUGGAGUGGAAAGUAUCGCUAUUUCCCACUCAAUAUUGAUCCAGAAUUGCGUCCAUCCGAUGCGCCGCCCGCGUACGUGCCUCGCCGGCGCGAUUUCAAUAUGCAAAACAUUAUAAAUUAUUCUUCAAGUCUAAGCAAGAAGUCACGCGUCGCGUUCCUAGAGCAGUGUGACUGGAAUCAGCCAGUUCUGCGAGCGGAGCUAGUUUGUCUUCGCAGAAACUUCCUUGACAAAGGCGCCGAGUCAGACAAAGCAGAGAGAGCCAUUUGUGUCGUUUGCCCGGAAACCCUAAUGCUAUCAGCUCUGCCCUUGACCUUCGUGACGACAUGCCUAGCGUUCCCAUCCAUCAUCAGCCGAGCAGAGUCCUAUCUGAUUGCUUGGGAGGCCAGUCGGCACUUGGAUCUCAACCUGCGGCUGCACCUUGCCCUCGAAGCCUUUACCAAAGACUCGGAUAACACAGAGGAACACCGAGAGCAACAAAGACAUGUUCAAAGAGGCAUGGGUAAGAACUACGAGCGGCUCGAAUUUCUGGGAGACAGUUUUCUCAAGAUGGCUACGUCGAUCGCACUCUACUGCCAAAGGCCCGACGAUAACGAAUUUGACUACCAUGUCUACCGAAUGUGUCUUGUCUGCAACAAAAACCUCUACGAAAAAGCCAUACAUAUCAAAGUGCAUGAAUUCAUCCGAAGCCGCGGAUUUUCUCGUCAUACUUGGUUUCCUCCUGGCCCCCGUCUUCUCCAUGGCCGUGAUUUCUCCAAGAGCUUCGAGAUGGAAAGCACCCAUGAACUUGGUAAGAAAACGAUUGCUGAUGUGUGUGAAGCCCUCAUCGCGGCCGCGUUAUUGUCAGGCGGCGAAGACCAUCGUUUUGACAGCGCCGUUCGCGCCGUAACUCGCUUUACGCACAACGAUACCCUUCAAGUCACCCAUAGCGCGACGUGUUGGGCAGACUACUAUUCGGCUUACACCAAGCCAAAGUGGCAGGAUAGCUUACCCAAUGGGUACGAGUUGGAUCUUGCGCGACAAAUCCACACAAAGCUCGGCUACAAGUUCAAACAUCCUGCAUUACUCCGCUCCGCCUUUACGCACUCGUCGCUGCCACGCCAUCUUGCAAUUGUACCGUGCUAUCAACGUCUUGAAUUUCUUGGAGAUGCACUUCUUGAUAUGGCUUGUGUCGAGCACCUCUUCCAUCGAUUCCCUGACAGGGAUCCUCAGUGGCUUACAGAACACAAGAUGGCCAUUGUAUCGAAUAAGUUUCUGGGUGCCUUGGCAGUUUAUCUCGGGCUUCACCGGCAUUUGCAGUAUGCUGAUGGGCCGAUUCAAGGUCAAAUCACGCGCUAUGCAAUGGAAAUGCAAGAGGCAGAGGAAAAGAGUGGAGGAAAAAGAGACUAUUGGCUUCAUGUUUCCGACGCUCCAAAGUGUCUUCCGGAUAUGCUCGAAGCAUACAUUGCUGCAAUUUUCGUGGACUCUGAAUUCGACUAUACCGUCGUUGAGGACUUCUUUGUCACGCAUAUCCAGCCAUACUUUGAGGAUAUGUCGCUUUAUGACACCUUUGCAAACAGACAGCCAACGACUUUCCUGUUUCAUCAGGUGACGACCGUCUAUCGAUGCAGAGACAUCUGCUUGAAGAUUGGCAAAAUACCCGAAACCGACGCAGACCAUCCUAGAAUUCUUGCCGUCGUACUGAUACAUGGACAAUGUGCUGGAGAAGCGGUUGGAACCUCCAGCCGUUAUGCGAAAGUCAGAGCAAGUGAGCGAGCCUCUGAGACAAUCAGCACGCUUCUACCCGCUGAUUUCCGCGCCAAAUACUCGUGCGAUUGUGAGUCAACAAGCCUUGAACAUGAGGAGAAUUAG